AGGAACCCCGGUGGCUCUUUCUGUGCACCGCGCUAAUAUUAUCCGGGGUGUCAAGGACCCCGCAACUCUAAUAAGUACUAAACUUUUGUCAGAUCAAAAACGGAUAUUUAAUAUUUAUCGCAUGACAACAGUUGAUCCCUGUAAAAAAUUUGCAUGUAAAUUGCAACAGUGUUUAAAAGACAACGUUUACCAACCAUCACGUUGUGAGUCAGUUAUAGAAGAAAUAAGGCAGUGUUGCAUACAUCAUUCAGCUGUAUCAGUAGUUUGUGAUGGUAUAGAUACUUCAAAACCAUAUGAACACAACACAGUAGAUUAUAAAAAAGCUCAGAAAUAAGUUCAUCAUGUAUUCAGAUCGAUUAAGAGUAAUUAAUUGGAUUGGUACUAUAGCAUUAUCAAGCUUUGCUAUGUGGACAGUGUAUCAACUUGCAUAUAACGAUCCUCCACGUAAAAACAAAAAGCCUGCACAUACAUAAAGAAGAUAAUGUUUUAUCAUAACCAGUAAUGUACUGACCGAUAGUAAAUAUAUAUAUCAAAUAUAAUAAAUAAUACAAUGUGUUAAUAAAA